AUGCAGUGGAGCAGGAAAGCAACCGCAUUUAAGGGUUUACCUUCCGCUGCGGUGCAGUACAAUGAGUGGAAACAUGGGGCCCUGAUUACUGUUAGGUUUGAGGCUCGGAAAUAUGGUGUAAAGCUAAAUGCAUUAGAUUUAGAAAUCUCGUGCAUGAUUUUCAGUCCAACGAGAGGUGAUGAGGCAGAGGAAGUUUGUCCACAAAUUGAGCUAGUCCAAGUCCCUGUAGUCCGUGGUAAAGCUGAUCUGAUUACAUAUCAGAAUGCAUUGUUGUCCAUUCUUUCAAGGAAGGGUCAGAGGGCUUCUAUUGAUAAAGUGUAUCUCGAUCUUACUGAUGCUGCAGAAGCUAUGCUAGCAGAAACUCCUCUAGAGAGCCUGGAAGUGGUAGAUGAGGAAGUUCUUAAACCACAUAUGUUGGGGCUUGGAAGUGAGGUAAAAGAUCCUGCUUUUAGGUUUUCUGUAAUAUUUUACAAAUGCUUAGGUUAUGAUGAUUAA